AACAAAUAGAAAUAGAUUUCAUUAAAGUUCGCCGUUUCAUCAUACUACAUCACCAUAAUUUUCACAUUUGCAUUUCAGCUGAAGACAGUUCAGAUGAAUUUGAAGUAUCCACAUAUAACCCUCAAGAUGAUGACUGGAUGUACCUACCAUUAGAUAAUAAAAACUUAGCUUUUGAACAAGAGCAAUAUGAGCAUUUCAGUGAAAAUAAUGAUGCAAAACACAAUAUCUAUGGUGAAAAUAUUGAUUUAAUAAAUAAUAUUACAUCCUUUCCGCCUGACGAAAACCUAAUGAAAAUUUCGUUAUCUGACAAUCAUCUGUCACCUCAUAUAAAAAACAAUGAAAAUGAAAAACAAAGACGUGUAGACAUAUUCGAUUUCAUUCAAUCGGAAAAUGACUUUAUAGAAGCAUACAAUGCACUGACACGGUUGAGCCCAUUGCCUAAUAUUGAUAAGCAAAGUGAUACUAUAAAGGGCAAUAAAAUAGAUAUUAAUUUAUUCUCACAUAAAAUUCAAAACGAAAGAGAAUUUCAACACAUCGAAAAUGAUAAGCAAGAAACCAUAUCCAUGAAGUCUCUCAAAUCAGGUGACAGAAAUAAAAGUGAACAGUCAAAUAUUUCCACUGAUAAUAAAACCAUUAUUAGCAAGAAAGUUGAACCUACAAAAAGCAAUGAUCAAGAUAGUGAACCAAUUUUAAAUGUUAAUGAGUCAAAACCUAGUAAUUUGAGUGCCAUGGUCGACAAUACACAAAAAAUAAUUCAACAAAUGAAAGAAGAAAUUAAAUAUGAUAUCAAUGAUUCGAAGUCAUCAUCUCUAUCAAGUAAUAGUAGCUGUAGUAAUUCUGAAAUGUCAAUGGAAUCCAGUUACGGUGAAUCAAAUCAUGAGACGGACGAGUUGUCGUCCGAUGAAAAUAUUGAUAGUAAUAAAAAAUUUAAUGUCAAUAUUACAAACAUGACUCAAGAAAUAUCAACAAGCUCCGAGGAUUAUGAACAAUUCGAAGAAGCAAUAGAUUAUUUGGAAACACCUGUAAUCAAAUCUGAUGAAUUUGAAAUGUCAAAUUUUAAAUUAUUAGACUCUCUAGCUCGUGGUCUACAAAUAUCUGAAAUAACGACUCUUGAUAGCAAAGAUUUAGAAAACUUAAAUGUUCGAUCAGAAAGCCAGAGUGAUAAUAAUCUGGAAUCCUUUUCAAAUCACAGUAACUCACCGAACCAAUCAUUAGUCAAUACAAAUUCACAUUGCGAAACCGAAAACGACCUUGGGACAAACCAAACUGAAGGUCGUAGAGAUACAACAACUUUUAUUGACGACAAAGUAUUAGUAAGGCAGAAUUCCCAGUCAUUAGUUUCAUCCAGCUCAAUUUCACAAACAAAACAAUCGAAACAAGAGAAUUUGAAUAAAAUAUCAGAUAUUACAAGCGUCAAUAGAUUCUCAAUUGUUAAUUCUUUUGAAGAAAUUUAUGAUCAACUGACAGGUGAAAUUGAAAAUAGCAACAACGGCAAAUGUGUUAACAAAACGUCACAAAAGCACACGGAUGAGCUACCGGCUAUAAUAUCAACUCCUUACGUAAAACAAAUAAUAAAUUUUAUACAUUAUAUACCUGAAAAGCCCCUAAAAUUUGUAUCUACUCAAUUUAAAUAUCCUAUUUCAAGUGCUGUAUCCGAAUACCAAUAUAAAGCCAUUGAUAUACCAUCACAAAUAAAAAAUACCGAUGAAACAGAAAAAGUUACACCGUCAAACAUAAAUGAAAAAAAUUUUCAAUACACAGACGAUGGCUCUAUAUUCGAUACUUACACAAACGGAAAAACUCCUAUCACCGUUAGCAUCAACCAUAAUACUAAUACAGAUAUCCACAAUGACUUAGAGGUUGCAAAUGAAUUAGCCCAAGAAAGCAUUAAAGAUGAUGCUAUUUCUCAAGUACAGCAGGAAAAAAGAAAGGUCAGCCCGGACAAAACAAAACAACAAGCCAAUAAAGGAUCUAAUAUACCCGUGUUAAUUAAAGCAAAAGUAACAAAUAAAAAAAAUUAUAAAAACGAUAAACCAGCACUGUCUAAGCUACCGGUCCGUAGACCAUCACUAAAACAAUACCCAGCACCAUCGCCACCUAAGACCCACUUUGGUGACGUACAAAAUGGUAAUGUGAAGCAAUUACAGACCCGUUUAUUUAAUCCAAAACCUAAUAAUACUGAUUCCGAAGCUUCCACUUCUACAGCAAUAAUUAAACAAAAAGCACCUCCUCCACCAACAAAUUCAGAUCAACAUUCAGACACGAUCUAUAAAGAAAAGCAGCAUUUUUUCCGUGAAACAUGUCGGACUGAAGAUGAGUGGACUGAUAGUGAUUCUGACAGAGAAAUUAUAUCACCACAAAUAAUAAAAGAUAGUACUCCCACGCCCGAGUACCAACCUCCGCCUCCGCAUACGAUGCGUCGUGUAUCUGGUCAAUUAGUUGAUCUUGCUAAAAUUCGAUUGCCAGAGGGGUCUCCAGAGAGGCAAGCUCGUAUGCUUCUAGCGGAAGGUGCAACUGAAACUUGGGAACAAGCUCAACUUGCUGUUGAUCUAAUAGCAAGGGGUACUGAAGCACCUGUCGCACUUUUAGCUGCACUUGAAUGCAUAGACCUCAAAACAGCCCUAGCGUAUCUGAAUCAGAACUGCGAGCUAUGUGCAGCUAACUAUCCUGAACAUGAGAUGGUUUCCAUGUUACGCUGCCCUCAUAGGUGUUGUCGUGAAUGUGCCCAUCAUUACUUUACUGUGCAAAUAACAGAACGAAGUAUUGUGGACUGUGUUUGCCCAUAUUGCAAAGAACCAGAACUAGAAAAUUUGGAUGAAGACGCUUGGGUAGACUACUUCGCUCAUCUGGAUAUAUUACUUAAAACAUUACUAGAAGUUGAUGUUCAUGAGUUGUUUCAGCGAAAGUUAAGAGAUAGAACUCUUGCCAGGGACCCUAAUUUCCGUUGGUGUAUUGAAUGUUCCUCGGGAUUUAUCGUUCAUCCAAAACACAAAAAAUUGCGAUGUCCUGAAUGUAAAUCUGUCACUUGUGCUGCAUGUAGAAAACCGUGGACUGCUAAUCAUGAGGGAAUAUCAUGCGAACAAUAUGCUGUAUGGCUGGACGAUAAUGACCCGGAACGAUCACUAGCCGCCGUGAACCAACAUUUAAAGGAAAAUGGCUUGGAGUGUCCCAGAUGUCGAUUUAAAUAUUCACUGUCAAGGGGAGGAUGCAUGCAUUUUACCUGUACGCAAUGUAAAUAUGAAUUUUGCUACGGGUGUGGAAAACCGUUCAUGAUGGGCGCCAGAUGUGGCUUGAGCGAAUAUUGCGCCAAGUUGGGCUUACACGCACACCAUCCCCGAAACUGUCUUUUUUAUCUGCGAGACAAAGAACCGCGUGAACUACAAACUUUACUACAGAUGAACAACGUGACUUAUGAAACGGUGGCUCCGGAAGGCACUGGCCCACGUUGUCCCAUACAACUGCAGCGUGAAACUCCUACAGGACUUAUUGACACUACAUGCGGCAGUGAAGUUCUACCUAAUCAAGCCGGGCUAUGCAAGAACCAUUACUUGGAGUAUUUGAGUCGUUUGGUGCGGAGCAAGUCAGUGGACCCGCUGCCGAUAUUGGGUGUGGACGACUUGGAAACAUUGGUGCGCCGAGCUGCCUUGAGGCCCCCGCCGCGACCCUACGGCUCGCUCGACGGCCUCUACAAACGAGGCCUAAUAGAGAUCGUCAAAGAGAAGAUUCCUCUGGACUGAUUUAUACGAUUUCGAAAAUUUCAUCAAAUCAUGCUUCACUUUUCGAUUUCUUGUAUGUUUAAUAAUUUAUAGAAAUUUCAAAGUUAAAUAAAGAUAACUAUUUAUUUAUAUGUGUAACAUAAAUUUGUAUGAUUGUCAGCUAUUUUAGUAAUAAUAAUAUUAUAAUUUAAAUACUCAAUAAAAAUACAGAACUGUAA